CGUGUCCUUUACAAUGCUUCGCUCGUACUCCAUGGAUUCAUUCAUAAGACAAGACUCGCUUCUGUGGGCUGAGACUCUAUAUCGCUGAUCAGUUUACCCAUAGUGGACUUUUACAUGGAUCUAUAAUUGCACAUUGGAAAAACGGACAAAGGACAUAUUUUAGCGGACUCUGAAUUGGACCAAUGAGUUUUUAAAAUCCGGAACGUAAGGACAGUUUCCUUAGCGGGGAACUCGAUUGCCUUCUUCAUGCAACUUUUUUGGAAAGAGACCAAGAGCAUCUUACCGGAGCACAAUAAGGAACACAAUAACGGUGACAUCACACUCAUUCCGGGAACUGUAGGUUUCUCACUCGGCUCCUCCGGGGUAAUGUUCCAAGGGUUCCCCGGUGACUUUGAUACCAUCUCCCGUGGAAGUUCGUCCCCGUCUAUUGAGUCUCAGUACCUUUCCUCCGUGGACUCCUUCGGGAGCCCGCCAGCCAGUGCCUCACAGGAUUGUGUGUCUGCUGGAGGCGGGGAAGGGGUAGGCAGUGGUUCUGGGGGCAGCAGUGGAGGAGUAGACAUGCCUGGCUCCUUUGUGCCCACAGUCACAGCCAUCACCAGCAGCCAGGACCUGCAGUGGAUGGUGCAGCCAACUCUCAUCUCGUCCCAGGCCUCUGGCCAGAGUGGGACGGGAACCUCUACUAUGACCCAGUCUGUCUCCCUGGUAGACCCUUAUGAUCUGCCAGGACCCAGUUAUUCCUCUGGCUCAGGCUUUACUCCCGCAGGCUCUGAUACCCCGGGGCCAGCCCCGGGCCCCAUCCGCCAGUCUAGGACCCGUAGUCGCCGUGUACGAGACGAGUCUGUGAGUGACGAUGGAGAUGUUGGUGUGUUUUUGACUCCAGAGGAGCAGGAGAAGAGGCGUGUUCGACGCGAGAGGAACAAGAUGGCUGCGGCCAAAUGCCGAAACCGCCGGCGCGAACUCACUGACAGACUGCAAGGGGAGACCGACAUCCUGGAGGAGGAGAAGUCUGAGCUGGAGGCUGAGAUCUCUGAGCUGCAGAAGGAGAAGGAGCGCCUGGAGUUUGUCCUGGUGGCUCACCAGCCCAGCUGCAAGAUCCCCUACCAGGAGCAGCAGGCCUCAGGCUCCACACAGCUCCAGCAUCAGCCCCCACUGCCCCAACAGGCUCCCGUCUCCAUCGUGGGCUUGACUGUGGAGGACACUUUCUACCGGCCUCCUGCCUACACCUCACAGCCUUCUACUUCGCAGCAUCAACAGCAGCAGGUUCAGCAGCAGCAACAACAGCAGCAGGUUCAGCAGCAGCAGGUUCAGCAGCAGGUUCAGCAGCAGCAACAACAGCAGCAGGUUCAGCAGCAGCAGGUUCAGCAGCAGGUUCAGCAGCAGGUUCAGCAACAGGUUCAACCGCAGCCGGAGAUGAUGCAGGAGUCUUCGAACCCUGAGAGCACGCCGAGCCCUUCCAGACCCUGGGACCUUGACUGAGCGCCGGCCCACCUCACACGUCCCCCUCGUCCCCCCACAUGGACACGGACGCACCCCCCACUGAGGAGCCCUGGAGUGUUUCGCUCAAAGUAGACCUUUUAAAAAAAAAAAAAAGCAAAAAAACACACAUUGAAAAGACACAAAAUAGGAUGGACACAAAUGCAAAAGGGUUGUCACUCUUUUCAUUCUUCUCCUGAGCCAUUGUUGGAUGUUGAAACGAUGGAGAUGAAAUGAGACUUGUGUUGUGCUGGUGAGAUGAGGACGGCAGGAGAGUGAGAGAAGAGGCUUUAGCCGAGGUAGAGGUCUAGAGGGAGAGCUGAAACUUUGGCAGAGACAGAGGAUGAGCCCCCUGUACUCUUAAGCCUAAAUUGAAUUUUAAAAAGCCAAAAAAAAUCCAGCUCUUGCCAACUGUGUGGAUGGGUUACCUCUUACCGGCAUAGUACCACCGCCAUACUGCAAAGUCUCUUCACCCUGGGUCCACACAAAUACUCAUACCGUCGCGUUCAAGCAUCUGAAUUGUCCUCCAUUCGUUACUGAUACUAUUGUGUACAAUGUUCUUCCCCCCUCCUUUAUCACCAAGUAUUUUCUGUUGUUGUUUUUAAGUCUUACCUUUGACAGAGAAAAUGUUAUGAUGAGAAGAAAAAAAAACAUUGAGAGGUAUGUCCUUUUGGUAAAGAGCAUUUGUCAGACAUGAGUCUAUUUGGUAUCAGAAGUGAACCAUUAAUGUUUUUAAAAAUAUACUUUUAAAGGAAUAUUCAACCAACCUCUGAACAUUGGGAUGAGUGGCCUCUGUUCCUCUCCUAGUGGGAGGUGCAUUUAUCAUGAGUGUAUCCCACUCUGAGCCACUUGGCCCCGCUUAUUUAUUUCUUGAUUGAGGUUGACACGAUGUUAGAGCACAAUACAGAGCCGGACACACAGAGGAGACAAGAGGAGGGGGUGUUUAUGAGUAUGUGUUCUUCAUUUGCCUGUGAAUUUGUUCCUUUUAUUUUCAAGUGACAUUUGUUACGUUUUAUGUAUUUUUUGUUUUUGCUUUGUCCUCCGCUCUUACCUGUGUUGUCGCUGCCGGACGUUUUUGUUCUUUCAGGGGAGGUUUUCCCCUUAAUGUUACUAUUAUUAUUGUAUUGUGUUAUUAUUUGAUUUUUUAUAUUAGGUUUGGCAACUUCAGAGGCAUGUGCACUAUAUAUUUUUUAAUAUUUGUCAAAAGUAUACUUAAAAGCAUAUGCAUAUUCCUUCAGAUGAUGUGUAUAUUUAAGUGUACGUACAAUGAUUGUAAAGUAUGAAUGUUUGAAAAUAUAAAAAUGGGAUAUUUUUGUCAAUGAGGAAACAGAGGGUGUUGUUGAGGCCGGUUUUAAAAUGGAUAUUUUUCUAAAAGAACAAAGAAUUCUAAUAAACUACCAUACUUAACCAUUCCCUCAAUAUGACGCACAUUAUCACUGCCUGUGCUCAUAUGUUUUAUAUAUAAAGCACAUUAUUUAGGAUAACUAUAUCUAACACGUGAUACGGCAUGUACUGCAGCUCGUCAGUAUGAUGAGAUUAUUGAGGUGGUGCUAUUGCCUUUGCUUUUACAUUUGCCUGUUUGUUUUUCUCUGUGAGGUCAGUCCCAAUGCCUACACCGCCAAAGCUUAAUGUCACCACUUUAGUCCCCUUCGGACCCAAAAUGAGGAAGCUAAUAUGAAUUGAAUGUCAAAAUACAUAUUAAAGUAUUAAUGAUGCAAAUAAUUUUUAAA